AUGUGCAAGGAGGAUGCGUGCAAGGAGGAUGCGUGCAAGGAGGAUAUGUGCAAGGAGGAUGUGCGCAAGGAGGAUGCAAGGAAGAGACAUGCAAGGAGGAUGUAUGCAAGGAGGAUGCAAGGAAGAGUCAUGCAAGGAGGAUGCAUGCAAGGAGGAUGCGUGCAAGGAGGAUGCGUGCAAGGAGAAUGCAAGGAAGAGUCAUGCAAGGAGGAUGUGUGCAAGGAGGAUAUGUGCAAGGAGGAUGUGUGCAAGGAGGAUGUGAGCAAGGAUGAUGCAUGCAAGGAGGAUGCGUGCAAGGAGGAUGUGUGCAAGGAGGAUGCAUGCAAGGAGGAUGUGCGCAAGGAGGAUGCAAGGAUGAUGCAUGCAAGGAGGAUGCGUGCAAGGAGGAUGUGUGCAAGGAGGAUGCAUGCAAGGAGGAUGUGCGCAAGGAGGAUGCAAGGAAGAUGCAUGCAAGGAGGAUGCGUGCAGGGAGGAUGCAAGGAAGGUGCAUGCAAGGAGGAUGCGUGCAAGGAGGAUGUGUGCACGGAGGAUCAAGGAAGAUACGUGCAAGGAGGAUGCAAGGAAGUGUCAUGCAAGGAGGAUGCAUGCAAGGAGGAUGUAUGCAAGGAGGAUGUGAGCAAGGAUGAUGCAAGGAAGAGUCAUGCAAGGAGGAUGCGUGCAAGGGAGGACAAACUUAAAGGAGAACGCACAUAA